GUUCCCAAGGUAAAUAACGUAAAAACAAAAGCGAAAAUGAUAAUAGAUCUAGAUUGUUGUGACAAUAUGUUUGUGCUUUAUACGUUUUUUCUUUCUUCAUUAGUACUUCAAUAAUUCAUAAUUACGAUAUGACAAUAUUACUAUAUAAAAUGAAUUUAAACCGGGUUUUUGAAAAAAUAAUGCGAAAAACCUCCGAGUGAAAAAACUUUAAUAAAUGGUGUACGAGUGGUAAGCUUGUACGCAUCAACACGUGUUUAUUUUACAAUACGUUGACAUAAACUAGUAAAGGUUAGGUGCAAUUCCUUAUGUUAAUGCACAUGCGAAUGGAAUAUUUCGAAAAAUAUUUUAAUUUUUGAGUAACUAGAAGCAAUACUUAUGUAGUGGGCUUGUAUAUUUUUUCUGUAUGAUAUUAAUGUAAUGGAAUACCGUAUUCCUUUGGCCGUAUCAUUUUGCUGUUUUACCCUCGUCAUCUCAGAAUUUGAUAAGACAGCCAAAGAAAGCGAAGAUGUUAACGAAGGAUCUAAAUCAGCAGAGCAACUCUUCACUCGGUUGUUCAAGCACAAGCGGGCAGAGCAGCUGGAUGCGGUGAAGAGACUGGUGGCCUUGGAACGCAGCGACAAUCAGCACAAGAUGGUGACGCUCAUUGCGGAGAAGGUGUUCAGCACUAUACAGAGCAGUCGAGCCGUUCUUGAAGGGUCUGGCUACAUUCCGGGAAGCAGCGCCUUUCCGGAGGAAGAAAAUACUAGAGAUGCGCUGGCCAAGGUCCUGGAGAACACGGCGCUGUUCGGGGACCUGGUGCUGCGUCUGCCCGGCGCGGCGGCGCAGGUCCUGCGCUCGCGGCACGAGUGGGAGGUGCUGUACCACUGGAGCCUGAGCUUCUCCAGCCAGACGUCGCUGCUGGACACCGCGACGCGCAAACUCGUCCACCUGGUGGAGCAGGAACUAAAUAUUACAGAACGCAGUCCAAACUACAUCAACCCGUACAGGAAACAGCAGAAAAAACAAGAGAAACUUGACAGCAGUGAAGAGAAGAAACGAAAAAGUGAUAAGAAAGCAAAGGAGAAGAAAAGAAAGAGAGGUCCGAGAAUCACAUUGGGAGAGUUAUGAUCAGUGCUCUGUGUAAAUAAUACGGACAGGCAAUGCUGUGAUACAUAUGUUGUUGUGGUUGUUGUUUAUUAAAAAGUCAAUAAUGUC